ACAGACAGGUUUGGCAUAUUACGAUUUUCCCUCAUAAUCUGCAUUAUGCCUCAAAUGUUGUGGAUGAAGCUUAAUUUGUAGGUUGAACUUUAUUUCAAGAAAGCUCAAAAUAGCCAUACUGUAUGUGCUAUUAAAUGUAUCAUACAGUUAAAAAAAUAAAAACAGCGCUCUGUUAAAUAUUUUAGACGGGUAAGGACUCAAAGAAUACAACCAAUAGAGAGCUAACUUACCAUCCUCCUAGCCGUCCCGAGGAGGAGUUCCUGAGUGAAAAUGUGAAAUCGGUACAGUAGGCUGUGUCCAGCUCUUCAAAUAACAUGAGUGAAAGAAGACGUACCGUUUUUAAUGCGUUUAAGCUUAUUUCCAUUUUUAUCGUCUGUCUCUUGGUUGUCAUCGUAGAAAAAACGUGUAGGAUCGACAACGAACAGUAAGGCUGUUAUGACAACCUGAGUAAGCGCGGGAUUUUUCUACCAACCUCUGAAUCCUGGCCGUUACUGUGGUGAGGACGCGCGCCUUGUGUUUAAAUUCACAAGCAGGCGGGAAGAGCGCGACGGAUCGCAGAACGUGGGCUGUUGUGGCGGGAAUCAUGCUGGCGUUGACGUUCACCUGUCGCGUUCUACUCAUCUUUCUGUUGUCAGAUUCAGUAAAUAUGACGGACGAAAAUAAGUUGCUGGUGUUGGACAGGCAGUGGCCUCAGACGUGUGUGCUGGACUGUGCUAGAGGGCGCCGUCAGGCAGUAUGUGGCAGCAACGGCCGAAUGUAUAAAUCUCUGUGUUCCUUUCAGCGUGCGCAGUGCAUCAACAGCCAGCUGAGGAUGGACACAAUGUCAACAUGCACAGCAGAUGCAUUGAGGUCUAAAUGUCAGCUGGCUCGCUCUCAAGCUCUGAGGGCCAGUGCUCGUUCAGAUUCCUUCGCCAUUUUUAUCCCAGAAUGCAAAGCCGACGGAACUUACGCCGAGGUGCAGUGUCACAAUCAGACAGGUUACUGCUGGUGCUCCAGCGCUGAUGGGAUGCCUGUGAGCGGAAGCUCUGUCCUACACCUGCGGCCCAACUGCACUGGUCAGAUGUCAGAUAUUGCUCACGAAACUGACGUGGAAUUAGCUAAAGCGGAGCGAGGUGUUCAGUGGCGCUCCACUCCUGAUCCUGAGCAGCGCUCUAUGUUAACGGCUGCAGGAGUCACUACACCUCCAUUUUGGGUGACAAUCCUAUUGAACUCUGACCCUAAUGGAAACCGUCCCGUCAGACGACCCACAGACUCUCUAAAGAACUGUGAACAUGAGAGAUUGUCUUUGCUCGCUGAAGCGGGCAUUCAGGGGUCAGAAGAGCGUUUUAUCCCAGAAUGCAGUGCAGAUGGGCGGUACAAAUCCGUUCAGUGCCACAGCGGCACAGGAUACUGCUGGUGCGUGAGAGUGGACUCGGGGCUGCCCAUCCCGGGGACUUCUGACAGGAACCAACUGCCUGACUGCAGCUCUCGGGAAACACACAUGCUCAUCAUCAACAACAGCUACACAGAAACACCUCUCUCAGGUUGUUCCAGUGUACGAAAGACAGACUUUUUGAAGAAUUUAAUACAUGCAUUUCAGCAGGAAGUUGAGAGUGUUGCUCCAUCUUCUCCUUCCAGGACCCCCGAGGCCCGUCCUCACGUCCCCACCUCUCCGCCCUCUGUUCACACUCUCCGACAGUACUUUAUGCAACUGGACGCAGAUGAUAAUGGGAUUCUCAGCGAGCCAGAAGCUCGUCCGUUCCGGCUCCUGCUCCGCAGAACUCUGCGUCCUCGCCGCUGUGCCAAGAAGUUCAUGCAGUUCUGUGACCGUAACGCAGACCGACGCCUCAGCUCUCAAGAACUCACUUCCUGUCUUGGCAUUUGAGGCCGAACUCCAUAAAUAUUGUGCAAGAUGAAGUAUCUUUGGAAAUGCUUUCAGACUUCAGUUUGACCUUCAUCUCUCCACAGCUCCUUUGAGUCUCUGACUGCAGCGUUCAAUCACUUCACUCUGGGUUUUUGAAUCUGUUUCAGCUCUCGCCGGCGCUCUGACCUUUUUACUUAUGCAAGUCCAAACACUGUGCCUUUCAAAUAAAGGACUUGUUAUUGGUUGUGUAAAAAUA